GUUGUAGACAUAGUAGGAGAGGCUGCGUCUAGAAGCUGAAACUGAAUUCACAGAAAGGGGGAUUUCAGAGAACCUGCUUUAAAAAAAAAAAAAAAAAAAAAAAAGCCUGGGCAAAAUCUAGCUUUCAACAAUGCAAUUGACUGUGUGUGAGCCCGCCGACACACCUGCAGCCGUGGUGAUGGAACCUCCCAGAGACGGUGGCUUCCUGCAGUCGUCCUGCGCUGCCGGGGACUGCGUGGCCUCCCUCGACGACGUCGCCGUGGAUACCGCCAAUGAGUCCUCAGAAGAAGAGUCAACCGGGGACAGGGAAGAGGACACUGGUGCACAUGAUGAAGUCACCAACGCCAAGACAGAGAUUCCUAAUGAACAGCUCCCAAAUACACAGACAGUAAAUGCCCGGCGCCCAGACUCUCUGUCAGUGCCUGCAGCCGGGGAGCCUGGCCUGUGGACGUCCCAGGGCAAUGGGGAAGUGAAGCUGAGGAUGGGGGAGUCAGGCCUGGCUGCCGAGACCCCUUUGACCAUACAUCAGAUGUUCACCUCAGCUGUGGAGCGUUUCGGCGACUGCACCGCUUUGAGCUGGAAGGAGGGCGAGCAGCAGAAGAUCCUUAACUACAGGGACUACUACCAGGCCUGCCGCACCGCAGCCAAGAGCUUCCUCAAGCUUGGUCUGGAGCGCUACCACGGCGUCGGCAUCCUGGGCUUCAACUCCUCUGAGUGGUUCAUCUCUGACAUCGGUGCCAUUUUGGCAGGUGGUUUUGCAGUGGGCAUCUACACCACCAACUCUCCCGAGGCAUGCCAGUAUGUAGCAGAGAACUGCAAGGCCAACGUUCUUGUUGUCGAGAACCACAAACAGCUGCAGAAGAUUCUCCAGAUUCAAGACCAGCUGCCACACUUGAAAGCCAUUGUCCAGUACAAAGAUGCGCUAAAAGAAAAGAGGCCAAAUGUUUACACAUGGGAAGAGUUCAUGGAGCUUGGACGUGACGAGCCGGACGCUCCUCUCGAUGAGAUCAUUGCCAGCCAGAAGCCCAACCAGUGCUGCACGCUCAUCUACACCUCAGGAACCACAGGCCAGCCCAAAGGAGUCAUGCUCAGCCAUGACAAUCUGACAUGGACAGCUUUCGCCAUCAGCCGCCAUGUGCGCCUGACAGAGGCCACGCAGGCUCAGGAGUGUGUGGUCAGCUACCUGCCGCUCAGCCACAUUGCGGCUCAGAUGGUGGACAUCUGGGUCACCAUGAAGGUCGGAGGGGCCACCUACUUCGCCCAACCAGACGCCCUCAAGGGCUCUCUGGUAAACACCUUGAAGGAGGUGCGUCCCACGGCCUUCAUGGGCGUGCCGCGAGUCUGGGAGAAGAUGCAGGAGAAAAUGAAGUCUGUCAGCGCCAAGUCCUCCACUGUGCGUAGGAAAGUUGCCGCAUGGGCCAAAGAUGUUGGACUGCAGACUAAUCUCACCAAAAUGAGCCAAAACGGAGCAGUCGGGCGCACACCUCUGAACUAUCGCGUGGCCAAGAAGCUGGUGUUCAAAAAGGUGCGCAAAGCCCUGGGCCUGGACCGUUGCAACAAGUGCUACACAGGCGCCGCCCCCAUCACCAAAGACACCCUGGAGUUCUUCCUCAGCCUGGACAUUCCUGUGUACGAGCUGUACGGCAUGAGCGAGAGCACCGGACCUCACACCAUCUCCCUGCCCGACGCCUUCAGGCUCACCAGCUGUGGGAAGGAGAUUCCAGGGUGCAAGACGAAGCUGCACAACCCAGACGAGGAGGGCAACGGAGAGAUCUGUUUCUGGGGUCGUCACGUCUUCAUGGGUUAUCUCAACAUGGCCGACAAGACAGAGGAGGCUCUGGACUCCGACGGCUGGCUGCACUCCGGUGACUUGGGAAAACACGACCAGAAUGGAUUCCUCUUCAUCACCGGUCGAAUCAAAGAGCUAAUCAUCACAGCAGGAGGAGAGAACAUACCUCCUGUGCCCAUCGAGGAUGCUGUGAAGGAAGCCGUGCCGCUCAUCAGCAACGCCAUGCUGAUCGGAGACAAGAGGAAGUUCCUGUCCAUGCUGCUCACCAUUAAGAGCCAGGUGAACGGGGAGACGGGCACCCCGGAGGAUGAGCUCACGCCCGAGGCCGUGGAGCUGUGCAAGAAGCUGGGCAGCAGUGCCACACGCGUCUCUGAGAUCUGCGGCGGCCGAGACCGUGCGAUCCACGCCGCCAUUCAGGAGGGCAUCAACCGUGUCAACGAGAAGGCCACGUCCAACGCCCAGCGCAUCCAGAAGUGGGUGGUUCUAGACCAGGACUUCUCCAUCACGGGAGGAGAGCUGGGUCCUACCAUGAAGCUGAAGAGGCCGGUGGUCAUGAAGAUGUACAAAGAGCAGAUUGAGAACUUCUAUAAGGAAGUGGCGACUCCCAGCACCCCCGACAACCCCCUGCCUCCAAAAUAGAGCUGCAUGGGACAGUUAAGUCCCCUCCGCCCGCACAGGGGAUCAGAGAGCCGCCAGGGAAGACCUGAUGCUGACAGGACUCUAUUUCUGAUAUGCACGCAUAUGCAUACACAAUACACACACACACACACACAUACAUUUUCCACUGAUACACUCCACCUCAUGCAGCCAGCUGCACUCUGUUCGCAUUUCUCUUCUGUAAAAAAUGUUUUGUUAAUUUUUUUUUUUUUUUUUUUUUUUUUGGUUGUUGGGUUCUGUUUACAUUUGUGGGUGUUGUACAAAAAGAAAGCAAAGGAAAAUCCACAAGAAGCCAUUGUAAAAUAGCUUUAUAAAUUUUGAAGAGGGUGAUUGCAACUAUUUAUUUGUGUUACUGUAAUGAAGCAUAAUAUCCAAUAUAUGAAGGAGCCACAGGUGUAUGAAGUCAUUGUUUAUUGUACUGUAAUACUUGAGAGACAAAGAGACAGAAUCCAAAAAACACAAGUGUACAGGACAAGGUAGAAUUUAGGACUAAGGAACUAGUUGCUAUUUAUUUAUUGGUUUCAGUUUGCCAAAGUCAACAUUUUACUUGGGCCAGAUGAGCUUCAGAUGUGAAGAAAUGAAAUAGUUCUGAAAUCACUAUGGCAGUUAGGGAUCACAUCUGAUAUUUACUGGCCUCAUCAAUAUUGUUUAUUAUCGUCAUUAUUAUCAUUAUUAUUAUUGUUAUAUUUUUUUAAAGUCAUUUAUGUUGUUGGUCUGUCCAAAACACUCUGUGAAGCUGUUCUGCAGUGACUCUGUAAGUAGUGACCAAGCUAAAUGCAAUUGUAAAGAUAAAUUGAAAUCUGGGCUAAAACCACACUCUCUCUCAGUUGAGUCCAAAAUUUGUUUGUUUGUUAAACUGAAACAGUGACAUUUAAGCCAUUUGCAUACAUAUAAAUGCACACACACACACCAUAAGUCCUGUUUGUAUUCAGAUUUUGUUUGUGUUGACAUACGGCCUACACACUUGCCUGGUCCUAUUUGAAAUGUUUUCUAACGAUUCUAUGUGUAUAAUUGCUGUGAUCUUGUGAAAUACUGUAAAUAUGUUUCUGCUUCAUUUCUCUUGUAUUCAUUUUUUUUUUAUUAUUGGUUGAGUGAUCAUCAUAUGGGUCUGAAAUGAUCAUCAGUCCAGAGUUGUUAUGCGUCAUUUUUGCAUGCAUAGAUGGGAGAAAGCAUAACUAGAAUGGGACGUGUACAUAAAGUAGAUCUUAGAUUAUAUUGCAAACAUAUCAGGUGUGUUAUAAUGGUCCUUAUUGCUGCUUUUUCCGCACCUAUGCAUCAGACACAACUUUUAAAAUGCUCAAAAUUUCGGUACUAUGACCAAACGUCAUGUGCCUCAUGGACGACAUUUCACGCAUAUUCACAUUCUGAAAUAAAAUACCUUGAAGGAAAAGGUGAACAUGUAACCUGUUAUUGCAAUCCAAAGAGCUGAUGUGUAUAAAUGUAGCAGCAGUGAUUGUACAUAUGCCUAGUUUAUGUGUUUGUAUCUUCAUAGUGCAAAAUGAAGGCGGGUAUGGUAAACCAGCUGAAGUUCAGCAUAAACACUACAAAGCCAGUGAGGCAGAUCAUGUAAUUUAGGACUUGUGUGUGUAUAUAUAAAUAAAUGGGGAAAUGAC